AAAACAAAAACCCCAAAAAAUAAAAUAUAAUGUGCUUACUGUGCGAUAUAUAUACUCUCCGUGGGGCAGGGUCUGGGGCAGGGCCCAGAAGCAAACCCCUAGCUGUUCCUAUAGAGAAGGGUGUGAGGAUUCACAGGAAGUAAACGUUAAACCCUCCUCGUGCCAGUCCAGGUCAGAUGUCGCUGCUGAAUGAAGACGUGUCAGUUUGCAGAAGUUUAUGGAUUAAGGAAUUGCAAACAAAGGAUCAUGUUCUUGUAUUGGGCCGGGCAGUAGUGAACAAGUGUUUAUGAAGCGAGUUUCAUAUGCCUAUGAGGUGCCGUACUUUUGUGAAUACGUUGCAAAGAGUAAACGGUUGGUGUUUUGUUUUUUUAAGGAAACUGUCUCACGAGGCCCUGUGACGUGUCAGAUGAAACAGGUCUCGCCCUUACUAGAGCAUUGCUGUACAGAGAGAAAGCAGGGCUUGUGGUCUCCCAACUCCGGGAUGCAUGCUGGUGACAAACCUUCUGCACAUCAGGUGCAGGGCAGACGUCCCCCCCAGCAGGGGUUCCGCACGAUGAUGCUGGAGUUGAUCCUGCAUCCUCAGAACUUGGCAUAGACUAUAGCACAUAACUGUCACAACCACCCAGAAGGUGUGCCGUGGCCCCGUUACCAUCCCCAGUUCUGUAGAUUUGUAACCCAAGGCCCAGCCGGGGGCUGAGCACCCGUUGGCAGAUUUCUGUGGCUUCUCAGCUGCGGGGCAGGGUCGCAGACCCAGGUACCUGGCUUCAGAGCACCUGCUGCCGUCCACCCCUAGCAUCUGGUCACACCCAACCCUGCAGGCCAGUGGUGGCCAGGUACCACUGCUACCCCAGGUGGAAACUACAAGUCAUGCGCCUUAAAAACGUGUCCCGUGACUGGCAGCUAAACAGUGGCCAAGCUGGGAAUUUACUGUUCAGCUUUCAGAUUCCUGAUGCCCACACUUUCUCCCAAUACCUCUUUCCAGCUCUCGGAGCAAAAACGGGGAUGGGCAGAGAAAUCAGGUCUUAUUUAUUUAUUUUUUAAAGAUUUUAUUUAUUCGAGAGAGAGAGCACAAGCAGGGGGAGCAGCAGAGGGAGACGGAGAAGCAGGCUCCCCACUGAGCAGGGAGCCCAGUUGGGACUCGAUCUGGGUCCCAGGAUCAUGACCUGAGCCGAAGUCAGAAGCCCAACUGACUGAGCCACCCAGGCGCCCCGAGAAAUCAGGUCUUAUGAUACAUGGUUAACAAUGACACGUUGAUAAAGGAGUUUUGCUAUGACACAAUGCAACUCCUUCUUUUUAAACUGCAGUUAGGCUCCUGUUUGCACGGUCCAGGGGCUCAGCUUCCUAUAAGAGAGAUGUGGGGAAACACCCUCUCCCCUUACAACCUUAUAGGGUAAAAUGCCACACUGGCUCUGGGAGCCAGGGAGGGACUCAGCAAACAUUUCAGUACAUGAGCGAUGAGAAGAAAAUGACAGCGUUCUAGAAUCCCAGUCAUAGAGGCCACUGUGCAGGACACCAAGGCCACCAUGCAGACAUUGCCUUCCUAUAGGAGCAGAAGCAGGGACGCCUUCUGCAUCAGUUCAAUGACUUUAAACCUAAAUGUCUCAUUUCCCCACCUGGGAGGGCAGCAUGCUACCCAUGACGACACGUGCCUCGCGGCCACCGUGCCCGCAUUGCCAGGGUCCUGGCUCCCGUCUGACGCCCUUCUGUCCCCACGUACCCUAUCAGCUCACCUGCAGCAGCUCCCCAGUGCUGUAUGGGCUCCCUCUUCCAAGCCGCAGGGAGGUUGGCCUUACGAGGAACGUUUUUCUAACACACCUGGGGACGGCAGCAGCUUACCUUGCCAUACACGUUACAGUGAUGUUCUUGUGAAAUAACGCAGAAGCAAGUUGCAAAGCUUGGGCCUCACUCCCUUGCUUCUGAACAGGGGGACCCCAUGCCGCCGGUAGCUAGGCACGGUGUUUCAUGCACGUCUUUCUUGCCCGUCUUUGGAACUGUUUCCUUUCAAACCUCUGUCCCUUUAAUUCCUACGUAUGCCGUGGGAUCCGAGGAGUUUAAUUAGUUGUUUAGAUCCUCGCUUAUUCAGCGAGGAUUUGGGAUGGGGAAAAGUGGUCUGCACUGUCUCCUGCAGAUUUAUAAUCCCACAGCUCAGUGUCUUUUAAAUUAAAAGCUCUGACGCGAGCCUUUAAAUAAACACUCUUGAAAGCAUUUUGAAGGCCAUCGCUAUGUUUCUGUCUUUGGGAUUAGUAUUUCUUUCACACCCCUUUCUUCUCUGUCGUCCACAUGCGUUAGCAGGAGUCCCCGAAUGCCACCUCCAUCUUCCGCCAGGCCUUUCUCUGCUGCUUCUCCCUGCACACUCGACUUUGCUUUUUAGACCCCACACUAGUUUCUCGCUCACUUGGUGCCUGGAGUUUCUUCGUUGCAGACUUGUCUCAAGUACUAGAGGAAAAUGUGCACGUGAAGAAAGUAAACGUGUACAUCACUGCCUGUCUGUCCUUCUCCUUCCCGUAGAGCCGUCCUCCGACCCCUCCCAGGGGUGCACCUAAAAGGAGCAUUUGUUACCGGAGACCCUUGGCCACAGAAGGCUUGAGAAGGCCUUUCUGCUGUCGAUGAUGACGAGGAGGAGCCAGCCUUCCCUCCGUCGUCUGCCUUCUUCAGGAAGGAUGACCCCGGAAGGGUUUCCUUAAAGCCCCACCAUCUUUUGUGCCGGCAAAAGAAAACAAAACCACAAGAGGCGUUUCCUAAUGCAGAGGUGAUGUGAAACAAGGGUGGGGGAGCUGAGAUGUGUGUGUUCUGGGCGUUACCCAGUGCCACGGGAAAGUGCAGCCUGUGCUAGACAAGCAAGGGACCCAGGUGGUUCAAGUGCUGACAACGAAAUUCUACCUGACACUUGGCUCCGGGGAGUUUUGCCUCAGAAAGCAGAAGGAAGAGAAAAGCUCUUUCUGCUGCUGAUUGCUGUUGAGACCAGGCAUCCCACCCCGGGGCAGAGGGUUCCAGGCUGGUCCAGGGGAAGGAGGCCAUACCGAGGUCCUAGCAGAACGCAUUCAGAGGGGCGGUGGGAGGAGGAGCAGAGUCGGAAGCCAGGGGAAGCAGGCGUGGGGGCUGGGGGCAGCCCACCCUGAAAGCUGAAAGAAGAGCUGGGGUCCUACGGAGCAGCUGAAUGCUGAUCCCGAGAGCCCACAGGGGAGGCGGCCAGGGGACCUGCCCAGUCCCAGUCCAACCCGGAGGAACCGGAGAUCCCCUAACAGGUGUACUGAGCCCACAGACAGGAUGCCCUGGCAGACAUGCCGGGCCCAUGGACGGGACCCCUCGGCAGGCGUGCUGGGCCCACGGACAGGACCCCCCGGUGGGUGUGCUGAGCCCACAAACAGGGACGUGUGAACGGUGACAUCCACAAAGCCAGCAGCAAACAGGUGGUGGGAGCGCUGUAUUGUGCAGGCGUCUGUUGACCUCCUGUGGCAAAGAUGCACACAGACCGCACCGGCAACACAGCCACGGCUCGCAGGAGACAGCACCAUGCCUCCUGCCAUCUGCUGGCUCGGCAGCCCUCGGACUGGGCAUCAGGGAGGAGCAGAUAUCUCCGGGUGAAACCAGCCAUGCACGUGGUCACACCCUGACCACUUUCAGAACCGAUUCAGGCAAUCCCAGAUAGGCACGCACGGCUGGGUGCACAUCAGUGCACAUGAACACGUAGGUGAGUGUGAACAUCUGUACGUGUAGACCCAUGUGUGUGGGUUCCUUCCUUGCAGCACGCCCACACCCGGGCCUCUCCUCUCUCUGCCUGUGCCCAGUCUCUUUACAUCAUUGUGUGCUAGGAUUCCAAAUACUGUCUCCCAUGCAGAAGAAGAGGUGGUCUUGUUAUUGGGUCAGACCAUACAAAUUCAGUCUAGAAUGUGCAUCAUUCACACUGCUUCAUGCCCCGCACGUCAGCCUUCCUGCUGAAAUGAGAGCAGGGUGGUCCAUCUCCUAAACCAGUCGGAACCGGAAAUCUGUGUGUCUUCCAAGUCCUGUGUGCCUGACCUCCCGACCGUCAUCUCCUGUCCGUCAUCUCCUGGCUUCACCGAGUGUCUCUGUUGAUGCCACACCCAAGAGCGAGGCCAGGGCCCUGAGGACACCUCCCAGCAGAGCCUCUCUGUGUUCCUUUGCACACCUGGGCUCGGGGUCACCAGCACACAUUCAGCCCCCUGUGACUUGCCUGGUCUGGAAACACUUGCCUUUGGGAGACAGUCAUCGGUUCUCAGGCACUUUCCCCACGUUUGGAUUUAGUGAACUGAUCUUUCUCCAAGGGCCCAUGGUGGACACAGUGAUGCCUGUCACGGUGACAGCUAGCGUUAAGGAGCCCGCCGCGAGCCUCGGACACACUCUGAGAAUAUUACCGAGUGUCCAGUCCUCACACCGGUAUGAUCGUACGUCAUGGGGGUAGCAGUGCGAGGAUCCCUGCCGUUAACCGUCUUUAUGUACGAGACACCGAACGGCUCUAUUCAGUGGUGUUCCAAGAAAUCUGUGACCGCUAUGGAAAGAAAUACAGCUGGGAUGUCAAGUCCCUUGUUAUGGGAAAAAAGGCACUGGAGGCGGCCCAGAUCAUAAUAGACGUCCUGCAGCUCCCCAUGUCCAAAGAGGAGCUGGUGGAGGAAAGCCAGGCGAAGUUGAAAGAAGUAUUCCCCACGGCGGCUUUGAUGCCAGGUGUGGAGGAACUGAUCCAUCACCUGCGAAAGCAUGGCGUGCCCUUGGCCGUGGCCACCAGCUCCAGCCGCGCCUCGUUUCAGAUGAAGACCAGCAGACACAAGGAAUUCUUCAGCUUGUUUGACCACACCGUUUUGGGAGAUGACCCCGAAGUGAAGACUGGGAAACCAGAUCCUGACAUAUUUCUAGUCUGUGCGAAGAGAUUCUCUCCUCCUCCUCCCGUGGAGAAGGACGAGGGCACUGGUGGAGUUGCUGCCCCAGUGUGCGCUCUCCAACCAUGUGCAGUACUUCCUCAUGCAGGGUGCACUGUGGAGUUGGGGCAAAGCGUGUCAAGGACUGGGAAAAAUGAAACUUUCUUGUCAUAUUUCUUAGGCAAAUACAUUCCAGGUUUUUGGGGUUUCUCAUCAGGUGAUCUGCAUGUGGUGACACUAAAGGAAAAUUUGAACAGGCUCCUUGUUGUGGACACAACCUUAAUUUUGGACUUGGAUUGUUUUUUCUACCUUAUACGUGAAGUGCUUGCAAAGAGAGUUGUUGAACUCCGAGAAGGUCUUCGAACAUGUCCCACUGCUUUCUCUUUGAUGCAGCGCCGGCCCAGGAGAGGAGCGUGCCUGCCAAGUUCAAGGGCAUUUCUUAGGAUUAUUAAGUCGCUGGAGAGAUUCGCAGUUGCCGGCGGGAAUUUAUUAUGCUGUGGGUGUCAUCCAAUUAAUUAGGCACAGUAGUAGUAAUAGAAAGGAGGAAAAAACAGGCAGUGUCAAAGGAAGAAAUUAUGUUGAAGUGUUAGUUACCAUUUUACCAGAAGAAAAUGCCUAACAGAGCUGGCAUGAAACCCGUUCUCACUGAAACGAUUAUUUCUAAGCUGCGCGUGUCAUUCUUUUGUGCUAAAACUAAGCAAACACGGUGCCAUCUCCAGAAGUCCCCUCCACCCAUCCUCAGUGCUGACGAGGACUCAUUGAGAGCCUGCUGUGUGCCGAGGAGGCACGGGGCCUGUGUGAGCCCCCCUCGACUGUCCGAGACCCCGUGGGUCACGGUCACCUGUGCUCCGGCUCCCACAGCACACGGCUUCUGCAGCCUCACGGGUGUGAGCAGCUGGGCCUCAAGCCACAAGGUUGGCUGACAGACAAGCUGGGCGUCACCCCCAGGUCCUCGGGGUGUGUGACUUCUCCAUUCGAGUUCCUAGCCCACAGCGCUGCACAUCUCUGGUGCAAAAUAAAAACAAUGAUGGCCUCACGUACCCGGGAUUGCUUGGGUUGACAUUUAUUACAAGUAAAUCCCAAAAUCAAUUCUGAGAAGCAUAGUCGUUACUACCUUGCAUAUUUUACUUUCUUGUUAAGAACUGAGUUUCAGGUUUGUUUUUUUUUUAAUUCCUCUUAUGUUUUCAAGAAAGUUCUGCACAUUAAGCAUUUAUAUACUUAAAGAGUAAAAAGAAAGAACGGUAAAGGCAUUAUAAUUGGUGAGUUCUAAUUGUGUAACGUCUUGUCUUCCUGGUAAAACUAAGACUGUUCUCUCAAUUACAGAAGGAAUCACCUGAGUGGACUUUUCAGUGUGGGAAAGGGCAGUUAGUAUAUUUUACCUGACUCCUUGACCAACACACAUGUUAAAUUAAGAACCAAUCUCAAUCCUCUUUUUACCCUACCCCGUCUCUGUCCUCAAAGUCUACGGAAAGGCGUGGGCCGUCAACGUGCGUCUGCCAUUUUUGGCUGUCUGUGAAGAACUUCUUUACUUCCCAGAAUAAUGGGCAGCAGGCACAUGCAUUGCUGUGGCAGAUUUAAGCUCUACUUGGUGGUCAGGUGAGCUGUGCGGGGCCCUCUGUCUUCUGUGUGAUUGGAUGUCCCUUAGUUAGCCUCGCACGGCCAGCACCCCUGGUAGAGGCAUAGCCAUGCCGGAGCCCCUCCUGGGUGAGGAGAGACUCACCGCACCAUCAGAGUCUGCCCUGCAGGGACCUCAGGAACCCACAGCCUCCAGCGUCACCGGCCAGGCCGCGUGACCACUUUCUCCUCCUGUCUCUCAUAACCACUGAGCAAAUACAGUGGCUUCAGGAUUAUUCAGUGUCUCCUGCAACAUGAUUUACCAAGCCCUCCCAUACUGUAUUUAAAAAAAAAAAAAAAAAUCCUGACUAUCUUGAAUAUUACCGUCACAGUCUUCACUACGCUUUGGUUUUUUUUCUUUCACUGAACCUACCUUUGCUUGGUGUCCCUACUGAGGUUGCCUGCUUUUCCAAAUUCCACUGUCAGGGAGGAGAAACAUUUCCUGUACUCUCUUAGGUUCUGUAUUGGGUGCCUGUAAAUUAAACGGACAAAAGGCCUUAGUAAGAGACAAGACAGAUUUUUAUUUACUGACAGAUGUGGCAGUUCACAGAAAAAAAUGUGAUUCAAGGAGGCAGUUGGAGUCUGGGGCUUAUAUACCACCUUAAUAGGGGUUGGAGAAAGACAGAGGGACACUUUCAGGGGAAAAAAUGACCCUCAGGAAAAAUAAAUGGGCCCUUAGAAGAGGUGGGAGAUGUGGUAGCUUUAUUAGUAUACGUGCUGCCGAACUGAGCACGAUGUGAUAGCUUUAUGACGAUGUCAUAAUGUCUCGGCGAGUUCUUAUCCAGGUGCUGACCUGUGCUGACCUGUCUUCGGCACUAAGAGUCAACUUCCGCCGGCUGUAAAACUCCCGGGGAGGGCGUGUAUGACAGCUGAGUUCUUGAGGAGCCUGUGCUUUCAGGAAGAUACGCAGAAGGCGCAGAAACCCUCUUCUUGCAGCUGUUGAUUCUCCAUUAUCCUCGGCUCAGUAUAAUCUUUGAGCCACUGGAGCAUGUUCUAGACCUCCUUGACCCCCGAAGCGUCCCUCUUUUCCUUUUCCAGCAACCCCUCUGUCACUUCCUGGCCACCUCCUGUGCUCAGCAUCUCGCUGGCCAGACUCAGCAUCCUUUCCUUGCUGAGCUCCCGUGGCCUCCUCGCUUUGGAAUUAGUUUGUCUCUGGUUCUCAGACCCUGCCUUCCUCCUAGACCGCCACCCACAUCAGGCACUGUGAUCCUGUCUGGCCACAUCUUUGCCUUGUCUCUCCCGCCUUCUGGUCCAUCUACCCUCCAGCCUGUCGAGGCCUCUCCUGGGACCUGCUGCUCUCCUCCAGGUCCUCCCUUCCCGCCCACAUGGCUCCACUGUCCUGCAGAUUCACUCCGGUUGUCCCGCCCAGUGACGUCCUCAAUGCUAAGGACCUCACAAAGGCCCCUUCUCAUCUUUCCAGACCUUCGGCAGCAUCCCCCUUCCCCCAGCUGCUGGCAGCACCCUUGAGUACAGACAACAGUGCACGGUCGUGUUCCCUUUGAGGUGAAUGAGGCAGCCGUUCAUGGAUAUUUGCAGUCGUCAUUAAGAAUGGGCCAGCCACAAUUCGUUCGUGUGGAAUACUUAUCUAACAGUACCGUGUGUGCGGGAAUCACACACAUCAUUACCUGGUGUUCAGUGUAGCCAAUGGAACAAUGGGAGAGAUGUCAUCUCCCUGGACAGCAAGGAUGACAUACCUCCCACGCACACGGGUGCCCAGAUCCAGUGGGCAUUCGCCUUCGUUUCAGAAUCAGGUGUGGGUAGUAACUGCUGUCGGUAUUGGCCCAGCAUCUUCGCAUCAGCCAAAGCAGGAAGCACACGCGGUGGCAACACCAUUUUCCUUUGCCGUUACAAAGACCGUUAACCCUCCAGGAGCUCCGCGCUCCAUCCGUGUGUGCCGUUUCUGCUCACUUCUGUUCAGCGUGACUCCCAGUAAACCCAUUGCGAAACCGUGAAUUUUUUUUUUUAUCAUUCUUGAGAUACAUAUAGACAGACGCAUGUAUCACACAGAAUGUAAACUGCUGAAAUGGGGUGCCCAAAGCGACGUUCGUGACCAUGAUUUGUGACCUGCCUGGAGGGGCUCCUUCAUAAUCUAUUCUUAUAAUGUGGUGGUACCAGCACAGCUGCGACGCGGUGUUCUCAGUUGCGUGUGUAUUUGUGCACGGGCUUGUGAAAUCAGCAGUUUCCGAGAAGGAUCGUUCUCAUGAGGCCGUCACGGCAGCACGUACAAUAUAACCUGUCUGUGUCAAGCCACCACGCUCCCAGGGAGAAUGGCACAGGAUAUCAGAUAUUUAAAAGGAUCCCUUGUAUCUUGGAUUUCUAAAAAACUCACUGAACAGUUGUGCAGUGCGAUGAUUCGUAGUAGACGGGAGAAGUAUUGCCAUGAUAGAGCGUUGACAGCCACCUAAUGGGUACUGUGGGUUUCUCCGUAAAUCAGUGCGUUUGCCUUUUCCGGGUUUGUAAACACUGGUGUGGUAGCUUGCUUGUGCUCUGCGCCCCCGUGGCUGUCCCCCCUCCCUGCCACCUCGCAAAAUGAAAACCCCUCAGCCUGGCCACUCGGUCCCUCACUGGUUCCUCCCGCUCUCCGUCUCAGCCUACACCCCUGUGUUGCUAGCUUGUCAUGGAGGGUGCCUUUUGGGGGCGGGGGAUAUGUCUGCAAACACUCUGUGGGGAAUGAUAAUGAAUACCGUGGUUGAGAAACAUGGGAUUCAUCACAAUUUGGAUUAAAUAAAUACGGAACUAAUGGUCCCCAGCGAUUGCCAAGGAUGGCCUUUAACAAAUUCAGGGUGAUCUUCUGGGGUUUUUUUGUUGUUUUU